CCUGUUGCAAAUGCUGAUCCUCUACAAUCAUUGUUUGCAUGCCAGUGGCUAAUAUUAUAUGCAUGGCAUGCCAAUCAUGCUUUAUUUCAUAUUCAGGUUCGCGCGUCAAUCGUCCGGACCACGCCCCACUCCUGCGCGAAACUGAAGGUGAGCCAGUAGGUACACUACAAUUUCGCUGGAUCACCCUGCUCUGGAUAGUUACACUGUAUUACAUUGUAUCAGAGUUCAGCUCGCGGACUUUAACACAGUACUUGGAAAUCGCACACAGGCCCGAGACGGCGCGUUUCUGAAUCCUCAUGCCGGCGAUGUAGCCUAAUUUCUUAACUUAGUUGGAGAGUAAACCUGAGCCCAGUGAGUCUGUUUUAUUUUCGAGAAGCAUUAUGCAGGAAAUCUAAGCUCGAUAGACAUUUAUUUUUGGUGCAGCGAUCUUCCCUUUUUUCCGUUACUUAUUGCUAGUUUGCUGUUUUUCCUGGCUGCAGCGGGGUUAGAAGGCUAUGACGGCUGCUGCUGGGGAAGGCAGUGACAGUGUCACUAUGCCUGAGUCGGCUUUGCUUGGGCUGACCGUUGCUGUAUUGUCGAGUUUUAUAAAUGGGUCUACGUUUGUAUUUCAAAGAAAGGGAAUUUUGCGGGCCAAAGCGAAAGGUACAACAUAUUUAACAGACUGUGUGUGGUGGACUGGCACCAUUGCAAUGGCUGUUGGUCAGAUUGGAAAUUUUGUGGCAUACAAUGCAGCCCCAGCUGUGCUAGUCACACCUUUAGGUGCCCUCGGAAUUCCAUUUGGAGCUAUGCUGGCCUCAUAUGUUUUGAAGGAAAGACUUAACCUUUUGGGAAAGAUGGGCUGCUUGCUGAGCUGUGCAGGUUCGGUCAUCCUCAUUAUUCAUGCCCCAAAGUCGGACAGUGUGACAUCACAGACUGAGCUGGAGGAGAAACUUGUUCAUCCAGUAUUCGUGGGCUACCUCUGCAUCGUACUUCUGCUGCUAAUUCUGCUCAUGUUCUGGAUUGCACCAGCGUAUGGACCAGCGAACAUCAUGGUUUACAUCAGCAUUUGUUCCUUGCUGGGCAGCUUCACUGUGCCUAGCAGUAAGGGUAUUGGACUGGCAGCUCAGAACGCAUUUAGUGGCAGCGAAUCUAGUGAAAGAGCAUGGUACCUUUUCCUGGCGCUCCUGACAGUACUAACGUGCAGUAUUCUCAUUCAAUUCAAAUAUAUCAACAAGGCUCUCCAGCACUUUGACUCCUCUGUCUUUGCUGCUACAUACUACGUUGUUUUCACCAUAUUGGUGUUACUAGCCUCAGCCAUUCUUUUCCGUGAAUGGAAUAAAGUGGGAAUCAUUGACUGUUUGGGAAUGCUUUGUGGAUUCACCACAGUGUCUGUGGGGAUUAUUCUCAUACAGGUUUUCAAAAACUUCAGCUGUAGUUUAAAAAACAUUAAUACUAGCAAAAUGGACUAAAAUCAACCUAGCGCUUGUUUUUAAUUAAACAGUUUCCUUGGAGAAGCUGAAUUUAGAAUCUUGUGGAUAUUUAUAUUAAUAUAUUUAAGCAUUUCGUAUCUAUCACUAAAUUUGGAAAAUGUAUCUAUGUUUGUAAGGAAAGAGGUUUUAACUAGUGUUAUAAAAGUUACUGUACUUUCAGGUCUAAUAAGAGACUGAGCUCAGACUUAUAAAAGUAACUAUGCUUUCAGGUCUGAUAAUGACCAGGGUCACGUAUUUUUUUUUUGUGGAUGAAAUAACACCAUUUGUAUUACUUUAUUACAACUAACAUUGGUGAUUCAUUUUCUUUCACAAAUGUAAGUUUAAAUGUGUUCUA